CUCGGGACUAUGUUGUUAGGGAGUUCUGUUACAGUGAGCUGCUCAAGAGUAUGGCAAGUAUUUGUGUAGUCAGAAAGCUUUGACUGUGUGGGCUAGAUGUUAUGUCGAGAACUGGACUACAGCAGCAUCUUGCUGUUGUCUGGCGUAACUGUCCAGUUAAAUGUCAACUGUUGAGCAUAGAAGUGGCAACUCCUCUCAGAAGGAAGUUGGGACUUACGGCUGUGAUGGUCCUGCUGUGCAGUUUAUAUGCAUUGAGAGAUCAACUGCAAGGAAAGGGUGGCAGGUACAAGUCACAGAAUCCAAAAGACAAAAACUUCACAGAUAUGAACUAUUGCUUUUCUCCAGGAAUUACUGAAAAUGAUCAGUAUCUGUCAAUAUUAGAUAGAAGGAAGGAGCUGUUUAAAGAGAUGAAUCUUGCUUUACCAUCUGCUGCAUCUGGUGGACCACAGAGCCAUUCUAUCUUUACCUUUAGUGGCUCAUGGGGAAAAAGUUCCACUUUUUUGAGGAAACAACAUGUGCUGCUUAACUAUAAACAGAAAAGAGCAUUGACAAAAACAUCAGUAGCAUCUUUUAAUGGCCUGAUAUUUCAAAAAUGUGCUCAGGUAAACAGUCAGAAUGGGGCAUCAACUAUAAUCAUACAAUUAAUCAUUAACAGCACCACGGUGUCUGCACCUGUAAUUUCACAGCUCACAAUUAAAGACAUCACUGACAGUCUGACUGUAAAGAAUACCAGUGGCACCAGGACAGAACCUGGAUUACAGACUUACAUUGUAAAUGAUCUUCAAGCUGGUUCAUCCUUUGUGACAUACUAUACAGCAGUUCUCAAUGACAGUAAUGCUCAAGAGGGAAAGAUCCUAUCUUUGCCUGCAUAUCUGACAUACCGUAACUCAUCACACAUCAGCACUCUGUUUGGACCUUUAAAUGCAUCAUUCACUAUAAUGGAGCAAGCACAUAUACAGGGUUUGCCGGAUCAUGGUAUUCACUUUGUUGGAUUUAUUGUUGCAUUCAUUAUUUCCUUUGCUUUGACAUGUGGUAUUAUCAGUGCUGUUUAUCUAAUUCAAAGACCAAAAACACGAGCAAGGAACUCAUCAAAUCCAACAGAGAGAAAGAGAAUUGGUCUGGGUCCCAGAAGCAAGUCAGAAACUUCAGAAUAUGAGUCACUAUCAUCAUUUAAAGAUGAUCUCGCUUUGGAGGAGAGGAUACUUGACUUAUUUGUGUAUGAAGACAUUGACAACAUGCUGGACUCUUUAGAAGAGUUGGACACCACAAGUAGAGUACGAGCAGAUGCUGUUUUAGAAAAUCAUCGCAUUCAUAUAAGUAAAGAUCUGAUUUUCAUUCUACUGAGAAACAGAACUACACGCAGCAAUUUCCCAGUUUUUGCAGAGAAAAAGUUAAGACAUGAAUUGAAACAAAAACUUGUAGAAAUGGACAGAAUGCGUAAAGCAGAGGCUGAAGAAAGACUGCUGGCAGUAACAACUGAAUGCAACAGAUAUGCUGAACAGGAAAUGGCUAUGCAACAACAAAGGCAUAUGGCUGCAGAAAGGGAGGCUGAGCAGAUGCUAAAACAUAUAAUUCAGAAGGAAGCUGAUUUGGAAUACAGAACUCUUCUGGACAAGCUGAACAGCUGUGAGACACGUGGAUUGCAGAGGUUUCUGUUGAGCAAGCAACAGGAGGCAACUAUAAGUACCCAAAGACAUUCUGUCAUCCAUUGGAGGAUGGAGCUCCAUAAAAUAUUUUUUGCACAAAUAAAAGAAUCCACAGAGAAACAAGAGCUUCAUUCAGAGGCAGCAAAACAUCUGCUUAAGGAUUACUCAGAAGUUCAGAAAGAGCUGGAAGAUUUGAUGGAUUAUCUUCUUGCCAAUCAGAGAAAGAAUCUAUGGCAACGAUUUUUCCAUAGAAAGUAUCUAGUACAUAACCUAAGGAGCUGCAAAAAUCGAAAUCGAGCACUGAUGAAUAAAGCUUCAACCCACAUAGGGACUCUCAUCAAUAAGAUUGAAAAUUCUGGUCGUUUAACAAAAAGGCAGUCAGAGGCACUUUUGGAAAAGAUCCAGACAGAAAUCCUCAAUGUAAAGCAAAGUCUGGAUGAAAACUUUAACCAGAAGCAGAAAUCUUUACAUCAACAGCUGGCAAAAAGGCAGCAUUCUAUUGCUGUUAUGUUUCAGCAACAUCAGCAAAGUCUUAAACAUCUAACUAGAAUUUUGGAUACUUCUCGAAAUACCAUAAACAUUGAAGAUUACUUGAAUCAGUGGAAAAAUGUGUUAUCCAGCCAUACUGCUGAAUUGACUGAGCUUGUUGAAAAGUUUGAUAGUGAUGCUGUCCAUGACCUCAAAGCACUUCAGGAAGAGUUAGCCCAAAAUGGCAUUUCAAAUAUCCGAAACAUCCAGGUGAAGGUUAUUGAGCAUUUGGCAAGCGUUGGUAUACCGAAAAACCAAAUUGAUCAACUUGCUCAUGAGAAUUCCUCCUCACUGAGAAUUCUUUUUGAAAAUCAAAAUAAAGAAGAAGAGAAGGAGGAGAGUGCUGCUAAUGCCAUACUUCAGACUUCAAAACAAAACCUGGAAAAGCAGUUUGAAAGGGAAGUUAAGGAACAAAGGCUGUUUCGGCAGUGGGAAGCCAUAUUGUUUACGUACCUACUGAGAACUCAGUUUAGUUUAUCUGAAGAUGAGUUGUUAAAGUUAACAAUUGAAUUUCACAACAUCUUUUCCCAAAUGGACAAUUGCUUGGCUCUACCGAAUAUUAGGACAAGAUAUAAACUACAGAAGAGCUUAACAGAGUGGAGAAAUAAAGCAUUAAAAGAUGUGGAUCAUAGUAUGUUAACUGAGAAUAAGAAGCAAGAGUCAAUGCACAGAAAGCAGUGGGCCGGAGAUGCAAAGGCCUAUAACCAAAUGAAGAUAAAGAUCGAAACAUUAACGCAGUACACUGAAGAAAAGAUCCACAUAUUUGAAAAAGAAAACAGUCUGAUUGAAGCUCACAAAGAAAAGGCUAACAGUGAGCUUCUUCUGGAAAGAACCCAUCAACAAAAGCUCCUGGAGGAAAAACUUGGAGUUCACAUUGCUGGUUUACAGUUCCAAAAGGCUGACAAAAGUUCAAGGACCCUAGAAAUUUCUGCUGCUUUACUUCAUUUGCAGUCUUUAUUGCUAGAAGAAUUGAAUGUAUCAAAGCCAUUGAUGGGGUCAGAUAGUGCACGUAUUAUCGAGGGACACAUCCAUGAGACUGAAGUACUACAAAGAAAACUGCAGUCUGAAGAGUUAGAGAAGGAGGCAGCACUACAGCAAUACAUAAUGAAGAACCAGAAGCAAGUUACAAAUGGUGUGGGGCUUGCUUAUGAAUUCAGAGUAGUAGAUGAAGAAAGGCGUGUCUCUGUAAUUCUACAGGAAGCUCUGCACAAGUGUGAAAAAAUAAUAAGUCUGCAGAGGCAAAGAGCUAUGGAAGAAAAACAGAAUUAUCGGAUCGUGGAAGACUUAAAGGAACAUCUAGAACAAGAGAGAAUUUUUUUACUUCAUUGUCAGGAACGAAAGCUGACCGCUUACUUUGUUAAGCAGAGUGGGAUACCUGUGGGUGUACUUAAUAAUGUCCUGCACCUACUGCUGCCAACGUGCUCUGAAAAAGAGAUCGUGUCCAUCCUGGAUUCAGUUUAUAAUAAAUAUCCCAUUUGUGAUAUGGACAAUGACAAGAACAGAGGAGCUAACAGCACUGUUAAGAGGAAACCUGAAACAUCUGCAAGACUUCUAGAUGUCAAGCUAAGAAAAGAGCUUAUAGACAAGUAUAUGGACAAAACAUGCAUUUCAAGCUGGAAAAAGGGAAGCUUAGUAAAGAAAAAACAGCUUCAGCCUUGGAAACGAGUUUCCUUUUCCCACAUGGACAGCUUUCCUAAAUUUUCUUCAACUAUUUCUAAUCAUCCGAGUCAAGUUAAGAGCGGUUUGAAACCUGAUGUGAUUGACCUUCCAGACACAGGAGAAAAAGUAUUUGUGUUCCGUCAAGAUGAUUCCAUUUCCACCUUUGCCACACAUUCCAAGAAAAAGAAAAAAAAUUUCCUCAAUUUAAAGAAGUCAGCUGUUGCAAGUUUUGAUAUAUAAUUACACUGAGAUGCUAAUGUUUUAUGUUUCCCUCAUCUCUUUUUUCAGAUCACUUAACUAGACACUCCUAGCAAUUCACCUCUGAAAUCUUAUGUCUUAGUGCGUUACCUUGUUCAUCAAAUAAGCAAAUAAAUAUGAUUUGAAAUCUCUUCAGCACACUAGUAAUUAAAGAUUACCAAGUGGAUAUUAGAGCUUGCCUCUGACCAAAACAAAACAUGUAUCACGUUUAAAGCACAAUCAUAUUUAUUUUAUGUUGCAAGUCAUAUAAACAUAACUGUUCAAUUUAA